AUGGAACCAACAACACCAUCAACCUCUCUUGAAUCACAACACCUUUUAUUAAAUAAAUGGACAUAUUGGUUUGAUUCUAAUAAAUAUGAAUCACAAUCACGAGAUAACCUUUCAUCAUUGGAAGAGUUAUACACAUUUUCUACUGUAGAACAAUUCUGGGGAUUAUAUGAUGGACUUGAAAAAGCAACAAGUUUUCCUAAAGGAAGUGAUUGUUAUUAUAUGAAAUUUGGAGUGACACCAAAUACUACUUCAUACGAAAAAGGUGGAAAAUUAAGGUUUGGAGUACCAUUAGCAAAAGCAGAAUGUAUUUGGAAAAAUUUAAUUCUUAUGUGUAUUGGAGAAAAUUUUGAAAAUUCAGAAUUCUUAGUAGGUGUAGAAUUGUCUAUUAGAUCAGAUGCUAAGUUUAAUAUUUAUUUUAAUUAUUGGGAUGAUAAUUUCCGAUCAUUAGUAUCAGAAAUUAAAGAAUAUGUUGAAAUUUCACCAAAAACGUCAUUUAAGUUUUUCCCAGAAGUUGGACGUAUUAUUGAAAUAAAUUGA